AUGUCGCAGCUUGUAAGACCUAUACCAGCUCUCUACGCGGUCUACGUGCUCCGUUCAACUAAGCGCCAUGCAUCGAUAUACGUAGGCUCGACGCCUCAUCCCCCUAGGCGUCUGAACCAGCACAAUGGUGUGGCUCGUGGAGGUGCUGUCCGAACGGCAAAAGACUCGUUACGGCCUUGGGAGAUGAUCAUUGUAGUAACUGGGUUCCCAAGCUCUAUUGCGGCUCUUAAGUUUGAAUGGGCUUUGAACAACCCUCAUUUGACAACGCAUAUUUCAUCGGAGGAACGGAUAACUGCCAGAGCUCCUAGAAAAAAAGGCCAAAGAAAGCCCCGAAAGCCUAUUCACAGCCUCAAAUCUGUUGUUUCCAAUCUUCACUUGCUUCUCGGAGUCCCAGCUUUUGCACGCUGGCCACUUACCCUGAACUUCUUUGCCGAUGUGUCCAAGAAGGCUUGGGACAGCAGACUCAAAUCUAUCAACGCAACACCACGAGAGGGUAUCAAGAUCACCACAGAUUUUUCACCAGAAGGAGACUCCGCCGAACCCUGGGGUAUUCAUGCACUACCUCUUGAUUAUGCACUCCUAAAACCCUAUGUUGAGAAAGCACAGAACAUCGUUUCAUUCGAACGGGAGGAAGACUGUGUGCAUUGUCAUCAAGCAUUGGAGUCAGGCAAAGGACUACAGCCAAUGUGUCCUCACAACGGAUGUGAAGCCAUGGGUCAUAUCGACUGCUGGAGCAAACAUGCACUUCAAGGUGAAGAUAAGGGUGCACUGCUACCACUUUCAUGCACAUGUCCCAGCUGUGGUGGUAAAAUAAACUGGAGUGACAUGAUGAAGGAGUUGACUCUUCGUUUGAGAGGGCCAAAGGAGGUUGCAAAAUUAAUGAAAAAGCCACGUCGCACAAAGAAGAUGAUAGCGGCUGAAGCUCAGGCUGAAGAAGAUGUAUAA